AGCAAGCGAGAGCAAUCUCUGAGUUUCAUUGAUUACCAGCUAGUUAGAAGAGAGAAAGGAACUAGAUCAGUUUGCGCAGGGGGGGGAAAUGGUGAGUGGGCUAGAAAAUUCUGUGAUCAAAGUUGCAGCUAUUGGUGGAUCCAUUCGGAAAGCUUCCUACAGUAAUGGCCUCAUUCGAGCUGCAAUUGAGCUGAGCAAGGAAUCGAUUGCUGGCAUGGAAAUUGAGCACCUAGACAUCUCACAGUUGCCAAUGCAAAACAUCGAUCUUGAAGGAGAAGAUCAUGAAGGAAGCUUUCCACCAGCUGUUGAAGAUUUACGACAGAAAAUUCUUGAAUCUGAUUGCAUUCUUUUUUCAUCCCCCGAGUUUAAUUAUUCUGUCUCUGUCAAAGGCUUCUACCACCACAGCCAUGAAUUCCAAAUUCUACAUAUUUAUUCUCUCCUUGAUGACAAUAUCCCAGCACCUUUGAAGAAUGCAAUCGACUGGGCCUCUAGACCCCCAAAUGUUUGGGCUGAUAAAGCUGCUGCAAUCAUAAGUGCUUCAGCAGGAAUGGGCGGUGCACGAGGACAGCUUCAUCUUCGCCAAAUUGGGGUCUUUAUCGAUCUUCACUUCAUUAACAAGCCCGAGUUUUUCUUGAACGUAUUUCAGCCACCUGCAAAGUUUGAUAGCCAAGGAAACUUGAUUGAUGAAAACACAAAGGAGAGGUUGAAGGAAGUCCUUCUAGCGUUGCAAGCAUUUACUUGGCGACUCAAAACGGCAACAAAUGCUUGACAUUCGCCGAGUCGGGCUCUACUUGAUAAUGGUCUUUUGUGCUUUGGAAUUUUUCCAUCCGUAACAUACUUCUUUUUCCCUGUAUUUUUGCUGUAUUAUUUCCUGUGUUGUAAUGCCACGUUUUGCAUUUGAAUAUUGAGAUGCCGUUCCUUUUGCCCUACCUUGA